AUGGCCGCCAAUAAUAAUAAUACUCACCCCAACCGGCAGGAGAUCGACCGAGUAUUGGGAUUGAAACGCAAGCAGCAACGCGAGCAAAAGGCCUGCUAUCCCUGUCGCCAACGGAAGGUGAAAUGCGACAGUACGCAGCCGUGCAAGACCUGUCGCAGACGCGGCCAUCCGGAGAUCUGCGCAUACGAUGUAGAAGAAUCUAACACUCGAGCGAAUCAUCCCGCGCAGGGGCGCUUUAAUUCUCCGCCGGACCUGAACACAUGGGCGUCUGGGGAUGCCGUGACACCGCAGUCGAUCAUGCUGUCGGGACCGCCGACACCCCGGCAGUCGGGUUCGCAACUGCAGCCUCCGGAUCAGGCCGCGAGUGCCUCCUUGCAUAGGAACUCGUCAAUGGAUGGGCCAGAGAAUGAGUAUAUCUACUCGGGAGAUAACUCGAUCGUGUCGAUUGUGCGUAAUCGCACGCAUGAUGCCAGCGGGUCGAUCGCCCACGAGGUUGGCUCAGUCCUUGGCUUGCAGAACACUUAUGGUAGUUACCCGUUUAUGGAUCCCAAGACGCCGGAGGAACGGUGGCAAGAGCUUGUUCGGAUCAUUCCGCAGCGGACAGAAGUGUUGAAGUUCUUUCAUUUCUACCGUCUAUCGGCUUACCCGUUCAACCCAAUCUUGGUGGAUAUUGAACGGUUUGAAAUCGAUCUCUGUACCUAUCUCAAUGCAUAUGCCUCAGGGGAGUUCAGGGACAGUUCCCAGAUAUCGGACAAGUGGGCCACGGAUCGAUCAAUCGGGCAUAUCAGCUUGUUGCUUGCUACGUUGGCUGCGGGAGCUCAUUAUUCUGAUUUAGAACAUCCGCAGCGAACAGAAAUCUGCCAUGACUUUGCCCGUCGGUCGUUUCAGGCUCUUCGUCUGGCCAACUUUCUCUUCCGACCAUCGAUGGACAUCAUUCAGACAAUGUUGAUUGUGGGAAACACUCUACAAAAUAAUGGUCAGUCGGAAGCGGCAUGGGCUCUGCUUGGGACGACGGUUCGAUUGGCCCAGACGCUGGGUCUGCACACGGAGAAGAGUACCGCACGGUUGCCUGGAUACAUACAAGUGAAAGCACGGAAGUUGUGGUUCACCAUUGUCUGGCAAGACAGUCUGCUCUGUCUAUGCUACGAUCGACCUCCCGUCGUAUCGAUUGCUGGCUGGACACCGGACAACUCGAUUUUCAACCGACUGGACCUAUCUUUUACCGAGAUCAUGCACUACGUGUGUCGAAUAGCGCUGGGUAUUACCACCAGCGAAGUUCGCGAUGCGCAGGAAGUCACUCGCGCACUCGAGAUGCUGAACUCCUUGGAUGCAGUCUUCCAACGUGCCCAGCCGCACCUACGCAACCGCGGGGACUGCAGAACGUUACAUCAUAAUCUGGAACAUCUGGCCUUGAAAAUGCAUCUCUCGCUUGCCGGUUCGGUCCUGAGUCGCCCGGCCCUUAAAAGCUCUCAAGUUCGGGAGGAGGCGUGGUACGACAUUUUACGAACACGUGCGAAGACCAGUCUAAUAGAUGCUUCCAAGGCAUUUCUCGAAUUUCAGGCCCUGAGCAUCGUGCCUCUGCGGAGCUGGUCGAUGGUGCACACGGUGCUCAGCUCGACAUUGCUGCUGUGCAUCUGGGAAGAAACUCGGAAUGACGCGGAAUGCCGCGACCUGCAGCAACGGGUCAUCGAAGUGUUUUCUGCCGCCGGAUCAGUAGGCAGCGUAGGCAACGCGGCCUCGCAGAACGGUCAGUGGCUGUCGGAACGGCACAUCCGGGCCUUAAUUACCCUGCGCAACGCGGUGGGGAACGCUCUGGAUCAGAGCAGGGAACAAGGCCAUCCCAGUGAAAAUCCUCCGUACUUGGAAGCGUUAUUUCCAGAAAACCAGUUUUUCCCUGUGUUUCCCGAGGGUUAUGGAACUUUGGACCAGACGGGAGUAUCACCGAUCUCGUACCUGGACUCGAUCAUGAACGUGCCCCUAUUCGAUUUUUCGCAGGAAAACGGCUUUCUGUAG